CUGGACAAUCCCGAUGAGCAGGCAGCGCAAAUAAGAAGAGAACUGGAUGGACGGCUGCAGAUGGCAGAUCAUAUCGCUCGGCUUGGAGAAAGGUUUCCGAGGUUCGUUUCCAGAGAGAUGGAGGCCAUGUACAUCGAGGAGCUGCGAUCGUCCGUCAAUCUGCUGAUGGCAAACCUGGAGAGCAUGCCCGUGUCCAAGGGGGGCGAGUUCAAGCUGCAGAAGCUGAAACGUGGACACAACACCUCUAUUAUGGACAUGGGUCAGGAGGAUGAAAACCUGCUCUCAAAGUCUGAUGUUGUCUUGUCCUUCACCCUGGAGGCCAACAAUUAUCCUAACAACUCUCUUUUCAGAGGCAUGGGCCAGUAUAGGAUAUUGCAGGCCAACAAAUAUCUCAACGACUUCCUUUUACAAAGUUGGGGAACCCAAGGUGACUUCACAACCACCCAGCCUUUACCUGCUGUGAAAGUAAAGCUGUUCACUGAAAGCACUGGAGUGUUGGCAUUGGAAGACAAGGAGCUAGGAAGGGUGGUGCUUCAUCCGACUCCCAACAGUCCCAAACAGUGUGAGCUCCAUAAAAUGACAGUUUCUAAAGGCUGCCCUGAUGACCUCAAGAUAAAACUAGCAAUCCGCAUGGAUAAGCCACAGAACAUGAAGCAUUGUGGGUAUCUUUGGGCUAUUGGCAAAAAUGUGUGGAAGAGAUGGAAGAAGAGAUUCUUUGUCUUGGUCCAGGUUAGCCAGUACACCUUUGCAAUGUGCAGCUACAGAGAGAAAAAGGCUGAGCCUGUGGAGCUUCUACAGCUGGAUGGAUAUACUGUGGACUACACCGACCCUCAGCCAGGUCUGGAAGGUGGCCGGACGUUCUUUAAUGCUGUAAAAGAGGGAGAAACUGUGAUAUUUGCCAGUGACGAUGAGCAGGAUCGCAUCCUAUGGGUUCAGGCCAUGUAUAGGGCCACGGGUCAGUCACACAAGCCAGUGCCCCCCACCCAGGUCCAGAAGCUGAACUCCAGAGGCGGAACUGCUCCACAGCUUGAUGCCCCCAUAUCUCAGUUCU